AUGGAAGGGAACACAAAAGAUUAUUAUGGAACGCUUCAAGUUCCCAAAGAAGCCACCUUACAAGAAAUAAAAACUGCCUACCGCCGGCUUGCGCUUGCUUUUCACCCUGACAAAAACCCUGACCCUUCCUCGAAGCAGAAAUUCCAAAGCAUCACUGAAGCAUACUCAGUGCUGAGUGACCCAGAAAAAAGAGAAAUGUAUGACACCUAUGGGACUGCAGAAAUGGACGAACUUGACAUGAGUGACUUAGAAGACUUGCUAGGCAGCGAUUUUAUUGUAGAUUUAGGCUUUAUUGAUAUGAUGGAUUUUCUAGGACCAUUGAUGGGAUUUAAGAAAGGAAGCGAAAGCGGAGAAAGCAUGGACGAAGAAGAACUGAGAAAUUUCCAAGAAUUUGUCAAUAAUAAUACAAUAAAAAUUGGGGAUGAAUACAAAUGUGGAAUUUGCUCAAGAAAAUUCAAAACAAAAGAAGCCACAACGAAGCAUAUUGGGAAUAAGCAUGAUGAAGUAUUUUAUGGGGAGGAAGAUGAGGAAGGUGAAUAA